AGGGGUGUCGCAUACUUCCAUCCGGCUAUUAUACGACUGAUUACCGUAAUGAGCUUACGUUCAGGUAUUAUUGGAUUCGAUUGAAAAAUACACACACACAGUGUGAACGCAGUAUAGGGAACAUCCUCGAAAGUUUGCUGCCCAUUUUGAAACGAAAGGACCAUUUACCUGUACGAAGUGUACGAACCACAGGGGAAAUCCCGGUGCAAAAAAAAAAAAUCAACGACAAAACCGGUAAUGCGCACACGCCUCGAGCUUUGAGCGUUAUUUGGAAUGGUUUCGAAGCCGUAUCCGUAAAGUAUCUGCGAAGGUCCUCCUCUUAACGACCCGUGCAAGGAGAUAAGACGGUCACGGCUGCUGCUGCUGGUAGCCAUCACGUGAAGAACGCCCCCACACACGGGCUUAAAAGAAAGCUUGAAGAACAAGCUGAACGUCUGCUUGUGUGUAUGUGUGUUUGGGGGGGGCUAUGGAAGUUAUAAAGAUGUCAUCAUAACCCACGAGUAAACAACCCGAUAGUGUGUGGCUAUACGCUGUCAGCAGGAUUGUUGUUAGACGUCUUCAUUAUUAGACGUUAGCAAUGAAGGUCUACGUAAAGAGGAUUUUCUAACGUGUUAUGUUGCGUUAUCGAUCGUUCGGCUACUAGUGACGAUAGAUCAAUGAAGGUUACACUAAAGAGAGUGUCCAUUUCUUGCCUUAUACGGGAUUCUGUAUGUAAUUGAAACUGAAGAGAAAGAAUAGAGCGAAAUUUGUAUUGCAAUACAAAGUGAUGGUGCAGCUGAUGUAUUGGAUCGCGUACAAUAUCAAUCGGACAUAAAUUGUCCAUUAAAGUGAAUCACGACACAGUUUUUGGAAAUUCAACGUUGGACGAUAGCGAAUACUCGAAAGGUGCUUAGUAGAUUUUGACGGUUGGGUAGCGCUCGUCAGGAUGAAGUUUGCCGAACACUUAUCCGCGCACAUUACACCAGAAUGGCGCAAACAGUACAUCAACUACGAGGAAAUGAAAGCGAUGCUUUACACCGCAAACGAGGAAGCACCAGCGCUCGACAGCGUAGAGGAAGACGUCCGAAAGCGUCAUUUUGCAAACUUUGACGAAAAUUUUUACCACUACUGUGACCAGGAGCUGAAGAAAAUCAAUACAUUCUACUCGGAAAAGUUGGCGGAAGCGACGCGUAAAUAUGCUGCCCUCAUUACCCAGCUGCGGACCACGCUGGAAAGUCAGCAGAAAAGCAAAAGCAAAGGUCACAGCCAUAAGCCGAUUAAUUUACCGUACCGGAAGGCGCAAGAGUUAAAGCUCGCGUUUAGCGAAUUCUAUCUUAGCCUUAUACUGCUGCAGAACUAUCAAAAUCUCAACCAUACCGGGUUUCGCAAGAUAUUGAAAAAGCAUGACAAAAUAUUGGCCUCGGAUAAUGGUGCCCGGUACCAGAAGGAGCAUGUCGAGAUGAGCCAUUUCUUCAUCAACAAGGACAUCGACAAGCUGAUCAAUGAUACGGAAACGACGGUUACGACCCAGCUCGAGGGUGGCGAUCGGCAGCGGGCGAUGAAGCGGCUGCGCGUACCACCGUUGGGCGAACAGCAAAGCCCCUGGACUACCUUCAAGGUGGGCCUGUUCAGCGGUAGCUUCGUCGUGCUGUUUGUCGCCGUCAUUCUAUCGGCCGUCUUCCAUGACAGCGCUACUGGGGAGAAUCUCAAGAUCGCUUUCCGGCUGUACCGUGGCCCGUUGCUGCUGAUCGAGUUCAUAUUUCUGAUCGGCGUCAAUAUCUACGGGUGGCGUUCGUCCGGCGUUAAUCACGUGCUGAUCUUCGAGCUGGAUCCACGGAACCAUCUGUCCGAGCAGCAUCUGAUGGAGAUGGCCGCCAUCUUCGGUGUGGUAUGGACGCUCAGUUUGCUGAGCUUUCUGUACAGCGCCAGCCUGAGCAUACCGCCGUACAUUAAUCCACUCUUUAUGACCGUGAUCAUGAUCGCAUUCCUCAUCAAUCCGCUGCGCGUGUUUCGGUACGAGGCACGCUUCUGGUUGCUGAAAACGAUCGGCCGGAUGGUGGCAGCACCGUUCUUUCAUGUCGGUUUUGCCGAUUUCUGGCUGGCGGAUCAGCUAAACAGUCUCGUCACGGCACUAUUAGAUUUCCAAUUUCUAACCUGUUUUUACGCAACGAAUGGCAAUUGGUUGGAAGCAGGCAAUACACGCCAAUGUAUGGAGGAAAGUUAUAUUAUCCGUCCAUUGGUAAAUUGUUUGCCCGCAUGGUUUCGAUUCGCCCAGUGUCUGCGCCGUUAUCGGGAUUCGCGUGAGGCUUUCCCGCAUCUGGUAAAUGCUGGCAAAUAUGCAACGACCUUCUGCGUUGUUAUCUUCGCAACGUUACGGUCCGCUAACGCUUACAAAUAUGAAGAUUCUUCGGAUAACGUUUUCCUCUGGCUGUGGUUGUUUAGUUCCAUUGUAUCGUCCUGCUACGCAUAUACAUGGGACAUUAAAAUGGAUUGGGGAUUGUUCGAUAAGAAUGCCGGAGAGAACACUUUCCUGCGAGAGGAGAUUGUUUAUUCCAUGCCGUUUUUCUAUUAUUUUGCUAUCAUAGAAGAUUUAGUACUGCGGUUCGUUUGGAUUGUAUCGUAUGCGCUGACGGAAAAUAUGCUCGUCAGUGGUGAUCUAAUGACCUCGAUUCUGGCACCGCUGGAAGUGUUUCGUCGUUUCGUGUGGAACUUUUUCCGGCUGGAAAACGAACAUCUUAAUAAUUGCGGUAAGUUCCGUGCCGUGCGGGACAUCUCGAUUGCUCCAAUCGAUUCGAACGAUCAAGUAAUCAUACUCAAGAUGAUGGAUGAGGAGGAUGGUGUGAUUAAUCGGUAUACCAAGCAUAAUCGACCAAAGCCAAAAAAGACGAAAGACGAUCGCAAACCCUUGUUACCAGCAUUUAAGGGAACGCAUGAAACAACGCCUCCCGAUGCGACAAGCACUAAAAACGUCUGAGUGUUCGUUCUCCUCAUUUGCAAUUCGGGGGAGACAAAGAAACCCUCCAUUUCCUCACCAGCUUCAUUUGUUUUGUCAACAAUAGUCCAAUGUCCUGCGUACAAAAGAUUAGAUCCCAUCGUGUCUUUAGGAGAAAAUGUUUAGAUUGUACUUAGAAUGUACUUAUUUUCUUGGUUGAUUAGGUUCCUUUAAAGAUUUUUUUUGUUUUGCUGUUUAUUUUAUUAAGAUAAACCACGACCAUGUGGAAGCAUGUUAAAAAAAAACAGAGGGGGGUCAGCUAAUCAAUGUUAUACAUCCUGUUAAAUAGUUAUUUACCGGACGCGUCAGCUUAGUAGUUUCAUGGAAAUCGCUUUUAAUGUUAGGUAAAAAUUGUUCUGAUUUAUUUUAUUUCUUAUGUGCGUGUGUUUUUUUUAAUUGGUUAGACUACCGUACGAGUCCGAUGAGCAUAUAGCGAUCAAAUAGAAUUGUCUGUUAAGGUACCACUAAACAACUGAGUUAAAAUCUCGAUUAAACCCUCUUAUACACAGGACUGACUAUUCAGCUGUUAAUAACUUGCAAGCAUCAACAAACAAACAACAAAAUGUUUACAAAACGGGCCCUGCUUUAGCAAAAAUUUAACUAUCAUUGCUCGUCAGUCAGCAAGCCUGAGAAUGAAUUCUGCGCACAGUUUUCUAAAUUAUUCACAGGAAAAAAAAAGAUACAUGCCCAAUUUACUAUAGCAGAGGAUAGGUACUUACAAAACCACCGUAAUAUAAGCAAACAUUCCGUUCUGUACGGUACCAAAAGAAAAAAGGUGCAAUGCCUUCGUUGGUGAAAAACCAUAUGCCAUAUGAAUUGGAUUUUACCUAACCAGUGUUUCGUGGAUUCAUUUGGAUCAUUUUUAUAGCGUAAGAGUAUGGCACAGAUGUACUAAGCUAAAGCAUAAAAUCGCGAUAGUUCACGUCACGGUGACGUUGAAUAAGACAAUAUUGCCUUACAAAAAGACUACAAACGAUGAAGCAACUAAAAUGAUGUUUCACAAAUUGUUUGCCUUACCUUCAAACCGGUCAAUAUAUUCGCUGUUCAUUGUAGGAAGAAAAGUGAGAUUUUACCGUCGCCACCGCUGUUUAGUCUUUAGCUGAUUGGGUGCGUGCAAAAAAAAAGAAACAUAAUAGGUAAUGCAGUCGAUAGAAUUGAUAUUGAUAUAAUGCAAUAAUCUACGCAUAGAUGCAGGGACAUACCAUCUUCCAAAAAUGGCCAUAAUAUUAGAAUAGAUGAUACAACAUCUUAAACGUUUACAUUAGUUUUCCUCGUCGCAGUAUUACUUAAGUUUACACUACUGUUACAGCUGUUCACACCUACACCCUGAUAAAUUGAACCGGUUUGUUUUCAACGCAAUUGGUUGUUACUGCUUGAUACUUUCUAAUAACAUAGCUUUCCUCGUUUUUCGCUAACGAUUCUUUUAUCUGAAUAUUUAUUUUUAUUUUUUCCCAUUUUUUUUAUAAACCCACAAGUAUAUGCAAUGUAUUGAAACAUGUGUACAUACAUAAUGUAAAUUCCGUACAAUAUUAUCAGCAAAACAAUAUGAAACCGGUACUUUAAAUAUUAACAAGUUACCUAAGUGCAAACUGGUUAAGCGAAGGAAUUCGUAAAAUUUAAAUAUGUGAUCUGGGAUGUGAUUGUAAUAACAAUGUAACUCUUCUUCUUUGUUUUACGCAUUCAUUCCAUAAUAGAAGUUCUUUUUUUUCAAAA